AUGGCAACGUCGCGAAAGCGGGUUGCUAAAAAAUCCACAUCUUCCAGAACGGCCCAACUAGAAGAGAAGCUUGAAGAUCUUGUUACUAUCCUGCGCGCAGCUCAACCGUCAAAUGGCAACCUGCAGCCGUCAAAUUCGGGCGAAUCUAGCCCUUUGAUGAAUUCGUCCAACAUGUGUCACCUCACCAGCCGCUUAGAAUCGCUAGCAACAGCUGCAGCAUCGUCUUCUUCAUCGGAAACCCAACCUCGCUCGCAUCCUGCACCUCAUAGUUAUGGUUCCAAAAGCACAGGGGACAGCCAUAUGCAUACAUCGCCCUCCAGUAUUGGAGAAGAUACAUCAUCGCUGCCUGAACCCACGCCAGAAGAGGCUGAAGUAUACCUGAGAAAGUUCAAGACGUGGCUGGAAAAGUUCCCCUGCAUAGUCUUGCCCCACGAUAUGACAGCUGCGGCUUUGCGAAAAGAGAAGCCGUUUCUGUGGCUAUGUAUCAUGAACAUCACGUCAAUGUCCGUCGAGCAGCAGAUUAAAAUGAAAGACCAAGUUCGACAAGAAAUUGCUACAAGAAUUAUCAUCAACCAUGAGAGAUCCAUGGACUGCCUUCAGGGAAUUAUAUGUUAUGUUACCUGGGCCUCCACUACUUCCAGUCCAGGUAAACCUUUUAUCGUCACGUUUUGCCAAAUGGCCGUCUUGGUUGCCUAUGAGCUUGGUCUUACAAAAGCCCCUGUUGAGGAACAAUACUUUACAGUUUGUUUCAAACUCUGGGGAGGACGACCCGCUCCGCCGCGGUUACGCACGUUGGAGGAACGGCGAACCGUUUUGUCGCUUUGGUUUCUAACUUCCGUCAUGUCAUCUUUCAUUGGCAAGAUGGAAACCCUCCACUGGACUCCGCAUAUGAGCGAUUGUCUUGACGUGCUGGAGAGAGAGAAGCGGUAUCCCUCUGAUGAGCUGUUGGUUGCAUUUAUUAGGUACCAGCUUGUGGCAGAUGAAGCGCAGAAAUUGUUGGUUCGUGAUGUCAUGGGCGAUCCGUCACCACCACCUACGUACAUUUUCAGAAAGAGUUUGCUUGCCAAGCUGCAGGCGGUUCGGGACGGGUUACCCUUGAACAUGCCCAUGACCCAUGUAUUACAGGCGCACGCGCUUGUGACAGAAGUUCAAGUCAAUUCAGUCGGCCUCUUUAUGCAAAAUAUUCCAGUCAAUCAACGAAUUGAAAGCAUGUAUGCAUGUCUUAGAGCAAUCAGGACAUGGUACGAUGUAUUUUUUAGCAUUCCCGCUGAGGAGGUCGCAGGGGUUCCCUUUGCAGUUUAUAUCCAGUUAUCACAGGUUCAAAUAGCUUUGUACCGGCUCACCACGUCCGAGGACCCUGCUUGGGACAAGGAGGUGGUACGGCACACAGCAGACUUACUGGUACUUCUGGAUCAAGUCAUCGAGUUUUUUACACGUAUCGACUCGGUCUACAGGAUGAAGACUAGUGCGGGCGAGGAGACGGUGUUCCUGAUGGGGGCCAAAAUUAUGCGAAAUAUCCGGAACUCUUGGGAACCCAUAUUAUCAAGACAUCUCAGCAGUGUGCCUUUAUCUACAGCGAACCAAGGAACUGUUCAAUCGAUGCCAGCACAAAAUCCACAAGACCAGCAAAGCAUAGACAUGGCGGCCGUCAACAUGAUGGAUUUCGGAGAUAUUACAUGGAUGUCUGACGUUUUUGGACCUUGGGAGUUCUAA